AGAGAGAGAUACAGAGAAAGAGAGCGCACAGCAUCACCGAUCCAGCAGAAAGAAAGAAGGAGAGAGGUUUAGAGUGGCAGAGAGAGAAAGGGAGGCAGAGUGUGAGAGAGAGGGAGUGAACGAGGGAGAGAGAGAGGCAGGGAGGGAGGGAGAGAGAUUCAGAGUAAGAGCUACUGAUAGAGAGAGAGAGCGAGGGAGCGCGCGCAGCAUCACCGAUCCAGCAGAAAGAAGAGAAGGAGAGAGAGAGGAGGAGAGAUAGAGGAGAGAGGAGGGGGCGCUGCCUGAAAGGCAUGCCGGGACUGUCCGAGUGGAGAGAGAGAGAGUGGAGAGCGAGCGAACGAGGAGACACAAGUUUGAGCAGCAGAUCUGUCCAUCCGUCUGUCCGUCCGCGCGCCCUACGGCUCCGUCCCCCCGCGCGCCCCGAUGGCCUCGGUUCUGGCCAGCAGCAGCCCCGGCGGCGCGGUGAGGUGCAAGUUCAAGAGGAGGAGGAGGAGGAGGAUGAAGAGAAAAGAGAAAGUAAGCAGUAUGCUGUCGGCCCUGAUCGUCCCAUUCAAGUACAUGAGUCCAGGCCCGGGCAGCACAGAAGACGAGGACACUUUAAGUACCAGCAGUGCAGAGGUCAAAGAGAACCGGAACAUCGGAAACCUCGAGGACUGUGCCAUCGUCCCCUCAGACCGCCAGCCUCUCUUUUUGUCUGAUUCAGCGCGAGGGGGAGCGUCUGGUCUUAAACGGAAGCGGCCGCUGGAGGAGGAUAAUAAUGGGAGGCCGUGCAGGUUACGACUGUGCUACAGGAAGCUGACGUGGUCCGACGCGCCCAAGAAUGCCCUGGUGCAGCUGAACGAGCUCCGGCCUGGCUUACAGUACCGAACUGUCUCUCAGACGGGCCCGGUCCAUGCCCCACUCUUCUCCAUUGCCGUGGAGGUCAAUGGCCUUACCUUUGAGGGCACGGGUCCCACUAAGAAGAAGGCAAAGAUGCAGGCGGCAGAGUUGGCCCUUAGAUCGUUCAUCCAGUUCCCUAACGCCCCCCAAGCCCACCUGGCCAUGGGCAGCUUGUCUGACCCUUCGGCGGACUUUACUUCAGAUCAGGCAGAUUUCCCGGAGACUCUUUUUAAAGGCUUCGAGCCAGACGGCUGCCGGUCGGCAGAGUCGGAGCUGCUCUCUAGCGCCCUCCGGCUACGCCACACGCUGGACCUUAUGGUGGUGCAGGCCAGGCAAGGCAACCCGGCCCCCGAGACCACGCCCCCGAGCCCGGUGGUGCUGCUAAACGACCUGCGGCCGGGCCUGCGCUACGCCUGCCUGUCUCAGGGCAGCACGGGCAGGGGGCGGAGCUUCAUCAUGGCCGUGCGGGUCGACGGCCGAAUCUUCGAGGGCUCUGGACGCAGCAAGAAGCUGGCCAAGAGGCGGGCGGCGCUCAGCGCCCUGCAAGCGCUCUUCAACAUCCGACAGCUCCCAGAGCCCAGAGCAACCCACAGACCCAGCAGGAUCAAGUGCCCUCAUUUACCCCAGGACUUUGCGGACGCUGUAUUUCAUUUGGUGAGGGAGAAAUACAGUGAGCUGAUUGGCUGCUCAUCUCUGGCUCACACAUGCCACAAAGGCCUGGCGGGCAUCGUCAUGACGAGAGGGCUGGAUGUGAGACAGGCGGAAGUGGUGGCGUUGUCGACGGGCACUAAGUGCAUUAACGGAGAGUACAUGAGUGACCAGGGCCUGGUGGUUAACGAUUGUCACGCAGAGGUCACGACCAGACGAGCUCUACUGCGCUUCCUCUACUCUCACCUGGAGCUCCAUCUCAGUAAGAGACCGGACGAUCAGCAGCGCUCCAUCUUCAUCCAGCAUCGCUCCAGCUUCAGACUGAGAGAGAACAUCCUCUUCCACAUGUUCAUCAGCACCUCACCCUGCGGAGACGCUCGCAUCAACUCACCAUACGAACUCACCAACGACUUCUCAGUGCACAGCAGCAGACACCUGGUGAAGAAGUUCCACAGCCACCUGCGCACCAAGAUCGAGUCUGGGGAGGGGACCCUGCCGGUCAGGAGCAGAGUUCCUGUGCAGACGUGGGACGGAGUCCUGCAGGGGGAACGGCUCGUCACCAUGUCCUGUACUGACAAGAUCGCCAGGUGGAAUGUGCUUGGCCUGCAGGGGGCGCUGCUCAGUCAUUUUGUGGAGCCUGUAUAUCUGAGCAGUCUGACAGUGGGCAGUCUGAGACACACCGGUCACCUUUCCAGAACACUCAGCCAGAGACUGGAGCGCCUGGGUCCACUACCGUCCUGCUACCGACGCAACCAACCACUCCUCAGCAGUCUCAGCAGUAGUGAGCGGUGGCAGCAGGCGAAAGCUCCGUGCUACAGCGUAAAUUGGACCGCCGGAGACGAACAGCUGGAGGUGAUCAAUGCCUCCACGGGGAAACGGAGAGACUGUGGAGCACCAUCUCGACUCUGCAAACACGCACUCUUCACACGCUGGACCAGACUGUACCGCAAGCUGGUAGCGUGUGCACCGGGUUCGAGAGAUGCGUCGUUGAUGUACUGUGAGGCUAAGCAGGCGGCCGGCACCUAUCAGACGGCGAAGGAGCAUUGGGUACGAGCACUGCAGGACAACGGCUUGGGAACCUGGGUCAGAAAACCGCCAGAACAAGAGCAGUUUCUGCUGGCUGCGUGAGACUGUGCGAGAUCACGUGAGACUGUGUGAAUUUGCCACGUGAGACUGUGUGAAUUUGCCUCAGUCUGCGCGAGACCGUGUGAGACAUUGUUGUGUGGCGAUUGCGUAAGACUACAUAUCACCCCACACGACCACGUGAGACUGCGAGAGAUGACGUGAGGCUGCGUGAGACUGUGUGAGAGAUGAUGUGAGCCUGUGUGAGAUGCUGUGAGACGAUGUGAAAAAAAACUGUGUGAGACUGCUGAUCUCUUAACCCGCAUUCUCCACCAAUGUUCCUUUCAAGACCCUCAACAAGCCCUCGCUUCUUCGCACCCAAAGGAAAGGAAAAUUGGGGCGUUCCAUGAACUGUAACGCCUCAUCUUACCUCCCACCUCGCCUUUUCCCAUGAUCCUGUUCUCCAGUAGUGCCCACCAACUCAACACCUGAAGAUCCACCGCUCUCUCUUCAGGCUUCAGCUCCAAUCCUUGUCCACCACAUUUCACGGUGGAUUGAGCUAAGAAUUGCCUUCAGUAGGGGUGUACAUUUCUGUCCUUAUUGAUUAUAUUGAUUUAAUUAGAUAAAGACAAGAUUCAGUGCAUGAUGGAAUCUCAGUUGACUUAUUUUGGAAUGAUUCAGAAGUAUUUUUUUAAAUAGCCUAUACUGGGUUUACUGCGCUAUCCUAAGGAUACAAGGCAGCCCAUGGUCUUUCGCUGUCUGUCUAUCAUCGUUUCUGCAGACCCUGACUCUUUUCAAGGUCAGUAACAUACUUCAGCAUCCAACACUGUUUACUUGUGUCAAUCAUCUUCCACGCCUAUUUUUAUUUGGCAGAAUACAGAGUGCAUUUUGUUUAGAAUGUAAGAAUGUGAUGCAAACAGAUUUUUUUUUCAGGCUACAUUAUUAAAAACCCUUAACCGAUAUAAUUAGCUGUGGUCUUUACCUCCAAUACAUACAAUACCAGUUGAAAUUUGGACACACUUCUCAUUCAUUUUGUGAUUUUUUUGCAGCUCCAACAUGUAAUGAUCUGCUGCCCACAUGAAACAUUAAUGAAUCAAUUAAAAUCCAAACAAAAACAGCAUUUUCUUUUGUAACCAUUUAUCCAUAAUGCUUAUAAUAGUUAUCCACCAGCUGCUAGCUGUAUGCAUGUACGUAUGCAUGCACUAUGCUAGACUAAUUCAUGAGCUCACAAAAAUAAGGGAACGAGCGCCAUCUACCCACUCAGAGAGAGCCAGGCCAAUUGUGCUCUCUCAGGGCUCCAGCAGCUGAUGGCAUGAAUGGAAUUUGAACCAGCGAUCAUCUCUGUUGAAGAUUAAUAUUAAAAGAUUAAUAUUAAACCUAUGCAGAAACACAUAUGGUAUUUUGUAGUAACCAGUGAAUCUAAACCCAACUAAAAUGGUUUGGGGUUAUUUGGAGUGCAGAGUGAUUUUUAAUCACAGUUUUCAUGCAUCUCUGCAUGUUCUCCUCCACCAGUCUUACACACUGCUUUUGGGUAACUUUAUGCUACUCACUCCUGGUGCGGAAAUUCAAGCAGUUUAGUUUGGUUUGAUGGCUUCUGAUCAUCCAUCUUCCUCUUGAUUAUAUUUUAUAGGUUUUAAAUUUGGUAAAAUCAAAGAAACUCAUCAUUUUUAGGUGGUCUCUUAUUUAUUUUUUUGCCUGAGCUGUAUGUUCCUGCAUUAUGUUCAUGUCUUCCAUAUUGAGCUACAAUAUUACCAUUGUGUAAAAAGGGGUGUGUCCAAACUUUUGACUGGUAGUGCACUUUCUCUACAUUACCUGUACUUGAUUUACAAGUGAUGGAGAAUUAGGAAUUUCUGUUUUGAGAAAACAGAACCUGAAGGAGAAUGAGAUGAUAGAAACUUUUGAUAUAUUUAGUUGGCCAGAGCCAUGAAGACACAGUUUCAACAAUUUCUCUUUAGCAUAGCGUUAUUUAGAACUGAUUGAAAAUAUAGAAUAGGUACUAUCCUUUUGUGUCACCUAUUGUACUCACCUGUUAUGUCUUUUGCGUGGAAUUUUGUCAUGCCUUUUGCCUGGAAAACACAACCUUUGAUGAGGACCAUGACUCCUUCCACCAUACAAAGUAUAUCAUUUACUGGUUGGUUUAAAAAUGGCCUGUAAGGUUAUUUUGUGAAGUCCAAUCACAGGAUAUAAAGUAAAAGACUUCAAAUCUGUACCUUGAAGCCAGGGCCUGUUAUGAACUUUUGUAGAUGAGAAACUAUUAAGCCAAUAAAUUACUGUAUUUCUAAUAUUAAUUCUCUGUAUUCUCAAAAUUCAGGACUGGAAACUGGAUUGAAUCUGGAAGGUCCUGCUUUGAUUAUAUAACUUCCCUAAAAUCCUCUAUGUCUGUGAAAAUUCACUGAAUUUAACCUUUUAUUCCUAUUAUUAUCUUGACAUUAUGUUCUUAUUUUACAAUAAUUUUUCCUUUCUUUAAAAAAAAAACAUAUUGGGGGCAUUAAUGAUGAUAUUUUGCACAUAUACUGUCAUUUAGCACAUUAAAAAACCCAUACUAACAGCAUUUUCUAAACAUCUUAUUUACACACGGCUCAUUUAUUCUCAAUGUUGUGUUAAAUACAUACAUUUAUAUAGGAGUAUAAAUUACUCUUAAAAAAAUAAUUAUUCUACAAGAAGUUAUCUAAAUUAUUCUGUGAAAUAACUACUUUUAAUUCCAUAAAGAUCUUUUUUUGGU